CUCUCUGAACAGCUGUGCAGUAUGACUGCGGAAAAGUCAUCGAUGGAUAAGGAAAUUCAGGAGAAGGAGCGAAUGAUAGCUUCCCUUCGCCCCAAACUCCAAAACAUUAUUGAGGCAUCCAAACCAGUGCAAGACCUGCUAAAUCUGAAUUACGAGCACAAGUUUUUUCAAACAGAAAGUGCCAGUUGUUUGCCAAAGCCACUGUUUUACGUUUACGUCCUUGUGUUGGCCUACAAUGAUCUCUACCCAGACGAUAGUGUUGAUGUGUUCAUUGAUGGUGAUUUCGAUCAAGCCCGACAAGACCAAGCCGUAGUUACUCUACGACUCUUCUAUUCGCUCACUUUGGACAUCAUCUCCGUGAAAUGCUCUGUUCAUCUUUCAUCAGAAAUUGUUUCAUCCGUUUCUCUAGCGGGGGACGUUUUUUCAGAGGAAACUUUGCUAGGGUUUCUCUUCCCAGACGAUAGUGGAAAAUGCUGUCCUAGUCUUACCUCUUCGUUAAAGCUUCGACAUAUCAACUUCGUCGUCGUUUCGUCGAUCUUUGGCAGCCGUUGUUGUUACAAUGCUACGCUCCCACCUAUCGGAAAGCAGGAAGCUGCUUCGGGUCGCCGACUUUUCUCAGCUAGCCUCAGUUCUCCAAUAGCCUGCGCGGCCCAGGGUAACCAAGCGGCAUUGGAAAGAUACGUGUGUUGCGGCUGCAUUAAGGAUUUGAGCGAAGAUAUGAAAGACUACAUGCUUUCGAUUCAACUUCAACUUCUUAUUAGUCGAUUCGAGGUUCUGUUAGAGGCUGGGUACGCAUAUCGUAGCGAGCAAAGCAGUGCUCUGGCCUAUCAUUCGUUCCAACGGAAACGAAGAGGAAGAGACCAAGAAUUUCCGUUCAGAACGGGUAGCGACUCCGUUGCUGACUGGUAUCUUCGUCAUCGUUCUGUAGGUCUUUGUCAGCCGUUAUGGUACCGCUACGCCCUCGGCCCUCGGCUGGCAGAGGGCAAUGAGCAGGUUCUUAUCGCCGACUUUUCGCAGUCUGCCUCAGCCCCCAACAGCGUGCGCGGUCCUUGGUGGCUAUUUUACGGAGACUUUGCCACAUUCUCUACCCCUCCUCCCUUCUCAACCGGGGUAGGGACCGGCAAAGACGGAGUUCCGUUUUGUUUCAUUCUCUAG